UUUUCGGGAGCCGUUCAGAAUCCAUUCAAUCAGAAAUCGAGAGCAAUUCUUCUUCUUAAUUUGAUUGAUUUCAUCAGAAAUCUUCGAAAAUCUCAGCUGUAACCGGCAAAUCAGAGAGAACCCUGAAGGAAAAUUAUGUGUCUGGUGUUUGUUUGUGAUGAGGAGGAGAGGGUGUUAGGGAGACAACCAGCUCCUGGUGCCUGUCCAUAUUGUGGAGGAAUGGUGCAAGCCGUGGAUGUGGAGAGCCAGUGGAGGUUUUGCUUUCUGCCUUUCUGCUUCAGGACCAAGAGGAAGUACUUCUGCACGGUCUGUGCCAGGCGUCUAGUUGUUUACCCAUGAAAGCAGAGAGCUGAUGACUUUGGGGAGAGAUGAAGACAGUGGGAAGAGAAGAAGCCAUGAUCGGUUGAUAUUUGCUUGCUGAGAUGGUUUCUUAAGUGGGGUUUAUCAGGAAAGGCUAUCGAAGAACAGAGUUGGGAAUAGAAAGUAACAGAUGAUCUGACUCUCCGCAUAUUAUGUUGUUAUGGGGAUCUUCCUUACUUUGAUAAAUCAAAUAGAUGAUUUUAGAAUGAUAGAUUGCUUUGCUAAAUGCAGUUUUAUCAAUGAAUUCAUUUGGUUUCUACUUGAUAAAGCUUUCUAAUUCUCUAAAA